AUGUCUCAGCUGGAAACUGCGAUGGGAAUGACCAUUGCUGUCUUUGACAAGUAUGCAAAGACAGAUGGCAACAGGCAAACCCUCUCCAAAGCAGAGCUGAAGAUCCUCCUGGAAAAUGAGCUCCCGAACUUCCUCUCGUCAGGGAAGGACAAGGAUGCUAUUGACAGAGUCUUCAAGAACCUGGAUGAAAAUGGUGAUUCUCAAGUGGACUUCAAAGAAUUUGUCAUCUUUGUGGCAGCUCUGACUUGCUGCUGUCACAAUUAUUUUGAGCAGAAAGCAGCCAAAUGA